CAAAAAAAAAACGGGAAAGAGAAAACCGUCCGGUUGGUCGCGCUCGCAUCCAUCCAUCAACACCACCUUAUCAUCAUCGUCGACAGUUCAUCACCACUCGCUGCUGCCACACACAGCACAGCUCCAAGGAACCCCUCUCCACGGCCAUGGCGACCCAUCAAGAGGAGAAGACGACCGUCGUCGAUAAUAAGCCCGACGAGCCUUCCCCGGCUGCUGCGGCGGCGGAGGAGCAGCCGCAGCCGCAGGCUCAGGCUUCUCGCAGGGCGGCACCGGCGGCGGCCGCGGCCAGCCCGUUCGACUUCUCCACCAUGAUGAACUUGCUCAACGACCCGAGCAUCAAGGAGAUGGCGGAGCAGAUCGCCAAGGACCCGUCCUUCAGCGAGAUGGCGGAGCAGCUGCAGAGGACGGUGGCGCCGCCUUCUUCGUCUCCGGCUCCGGCGGCGGCGGCGCUGGACCCGCACAAGUACGUGUCGACGAUGCAGCAGCUGAUGCAGAACCCGCAGUUCGUGGCCAUGGCGGAGCGCCUCGGCAGUGCGCUCAUGCAAGACCCGGCCAUGUCCUCCAUGCUCGGCGGCCUCACCGGCGGCUCCGGCUCCGGCGCCGGCGCCGCCCAGCGGCAGCAGCUCGAGGCCCGUGUCGCGCGCAUGAAGGAGGACCCGUCGCUACGCCCCAUCCUCGACGAGAUCGAGUCCGGCGGCCCCGCCGCCAUGAUGAAGUACUGGAACGACCCGGAGGCUCUGCAGAAGUUCGGCCGCGCGAUGGGAGUCGGCCCGUCUUCCGCGGCCGCCGGAGCCGGGGAAGAAGGAGAAUCCGCCGCCGCCGCCGCCGCCGGAGCCGAGGAAGAAGAAGAGGAGUACGAGCCGGAGUCGGCGAUCCACCAGGCGGCGAGCGUGGGCGACGUGGAGGCGCUGAAGGCGGCGCUGCAGGAGGGUGGCAAUGGCGCCGACGAGGAGGACGCGGAGGGUCGGCGCGGGCUCCACUUCGCGUGCGGCUACGGCGAGCUGGCGUGCGCGCAGGCGCUGCUGGACGCCGGCGCGGCGGCGGACGCCGUGGACAGGAACAAGAACACCGCCCUGCACUACGCCGCCGGGUACGGCCGCAGGGACUGCGUCGCGCUCCUCCUCGACCACGGCGCCUCCGUGACGUUGCAGAACCUGGACGGGAAGACGGCGAUCGACGUGGCGAGGCUCAACAGCCAGGAGGAGGUGCUCAAGCUGCUCGAGAAGCACGCAUUCGUCUAGACCACCGCCAUUGCCGUACCUAGGUUCCAUGAUCCAUCCUUCGUCGACCUCUCGCAUGCCUUCUGAGUUUGCUUAAUCAAUUAUUCCAAGUUCAUGCUCGAUCUCCUCCUUGCUUAGUUAAUUAAAUUUCUGUCUUCCAGAAAGAAAAUGUUUUCAAAUGAAUUCUUAUCAUCAGAUCGGUCUGUACCUAUUGAGUGUGUGGUAGUAGCAUUGCUGUCCGGUUCCCGGAUUAUUUUGGGUUUCGAUUAUGUUGGUCAUUCCAUAUUUCCAGAGUUUUGCUUUCAAGAAUAAUAAAGGAAUAAAUUUUGGUUUCAUUCGUA